UGAGGUUAUAUACAGGUCAAGAUGUCUAAGAAAUAACCAUAGAAAUAACUAGUCUUGAACCCAACUUGAACCACUGGAACGCGCCCAUUGUCAUAUUAUCAUAUAUUUGUCAAUAUGUCAUUGUCAAACAAGUAUCAAAUCCGUAUCCGUAAUCCGUAAUAUGAAUUCUGUAAUCCAAUCAAUGGAAUUACGGAAUGGAGUACUUCAAAAGUUCUAUUUUGAAAUUGUUAUUGGUUACUUUUACUGGCUAAAAAGUACUCAUAAUUAACUAUAAGCUAUGAUAUAUUAGGUACCUCUGUGUAAACUCUUAUAAUGUGUGUAGGCAUUUUUGGUAAAAUAUGCCAUUGGGGCCCGUUAACGGCAAUUGCAAUAAUAAAAUUGGUAACCGGCAUGACCAUUCAUUGCAGCAGUAUGUGGUGGCCAUCGACAACAUUUGGAGGAUUUUUGAAUACAUUAUGUUUUAUGAGUCUUUCUGGACUUACACUUUAUAACUUUCUUUCUUCAAUGUACCAAGGUCCAGGCUAUUUACCUUUAAAGUGGAAACCAGAGAAUCUUGAUGAGUGCAAGUAUUUGCAGAAAUGUGGGGUAUGCCAAGGAUACAAAGCACCUAGAUCUCAUCAUUGCCGUAAAUGUGGAAAAUGUGUAUUAAAGAUGGACCAUCAUUGCCCCUGGAUUAAUAAUUGUGUUGGAUGGGGAAAUCAUGCACAUUUUACAUAUUUUUUACUUUUUGCUACUAUAGGCUGUGCUCAUGCUUCCAUAGUACUAGGAUUUUCAUUAUAUAGGGCUAUUAAUAGGUUGAAUUAUUUAUAUCAUAAAGUAAAUAAUGUUCCUCUAGUACAUUUAGGCUUAACAGGGAUGAUACUGACAGUUCUUUCAUUAGGCUUUGCUAUCGGUGUUGUAUGUGCUGUAGGGAUAUUAUUUUAUUUUCAGCUGAGGUCCAUUUAUAGAAAUCGUACAGGAAUUGAAGACUGGAUUGUAGAAAAAGCUAAUUAUCGUAAGAGAAAUCAUGCUGAUAAAUUUAAAUUUCCAUAUAAUUUAGGAUGGCGGAAAAAUUUAAAACAAGUAUUAAAUUUCAGUGGCCAUCCUAUUGGUGAUGGUAUUAAUUGGCCAAUCGGUGAAGGAUGUCAUAAAUAUUCUCUUACAGUAGAACAAAUGGAACAAAAGAAUGAGAAAAGACUUAAAUCAAAAACUUAUAAAAUUAUUAAACCAGCUUCAGGUUACUGGUUUCCAUUAUCACAUGGUUUUACAGUAUGCUAUAAUUUCCCUUGUACUGAUGAAACUAGAUUGAAACUAAUGGUGAAUGAUGAAGUCAGAGUUACCAGAUGGGGAAAGUAUUGGUUGUUUGGAGAAAAAAAUCAAAGUAACAUUCCAGAGGGUAAAGAGGCAAUGUAUAGACAAAGAGGAUGGUUCCCAAGAUGCUGUGCCAUUGAAUUAUCAGAAAGGAAUGAUAAUAUAUUGAAAGAACAUUGUGAUAAAAAACAAAAUUAGUAAGUUAACAAAGAAAGUUAUUUUUACAUGCUACUAGAACUGAAUAAUUAUAGACACUUAAUAUAAAAAAUCCUGCUUAAAAUUUGAUAUCUUAUCAGGAGUUGGAUUUUCAAGAAGUAGCAUUCUUUUUAUGUAUUUUUUUUUAAUAUGAAUAUCUAGUCAACUUAAAAGAAAUGUAUUAUAUAUUAGGAUAUUUUAAUAAAACUAAUUUUAAUAACAAAGAA